AUGCCCAGCUGUUCGAAGUUUACCUGGUUUGCGCUCCUGUCCGUUCAGACUGGACUGGGGGCUCUUUGCCCGGACAUCUGCACGGCCACCAUCGACAACUCUCCCUGGCCAUGCAGGUUUGUGAACAACAGCUGCGUGAUUCCGGUCAGCCCGAACGCAGCUCGCGAAAGUGCGGAAGACAUCAACGUGGCAGUCACCGGGCCCUACAGUGGAGCACUGGGGGACCUCAUGACUAUGGUGGAGCCAGCAUUGGAGCUUGCGGCCCAAGAUAUUGAGAUGAGCAACUUUCUGCCGGGCUUUCGCCUUAAAGUCCAUCUCGUAGAUUCCAAGUGCACCAAGCCGGACGCCACUUCUGCAGUGUUCGCGUCAUGCUCCACAGGACCCAAGAAGCACAUCAUCAUGGGGGAUUCUUGCAGCGCUGCAUGCGAGUCCGUCAACGAUGCCGCCCGCUUCUUUAACGUGUUGCAGGUGGCACCGGGAUGUGUUUCCACGACGCUCAGUGAUGCAAACCGAUAUCCUUACUUCACUCGCAUGGCACCCUCAACACGGUUCAAUGUUGUGGCCAUCUAUGAGUUCAUGAAACUCCUUGGAUUUAAGAGAGUCGGCGUGCUAUAUGGCUACAGAAGCAUCAACAACAUGAUCAAGGACAUGUUCCUGGAAAUGGUCGAGGCAGAUCUUAAGACAGGUGGUUAUUCUUGGACCAUCCUCCUGACGAGGCAAAUCAGCAAUCGUGCAGAUGCAGGCAGUGCUGUGGACUUCAUGAAAAUGCGAGAUUCUCGGGUCAACUUCAUAGCACUGUACGAGGACUUGGGCGCUGUGCUGCUUUGCGAGGCCUUUUCGCACGGCGUCGUGCCGCCAGAUGUCAGCUGGAUGGUCGCUUCCGGGUGGUGGAACACGAAUUACAUUACGUUGCUUGCACAGUGCCUCGACGGUUUCAUAAGCCCAAGCGGAACUCGAACACAUAGCAUACUUGUUCAUGAAGGAACAUGCCUCGAGUGCUUCAGUUUGACAUCUCAAAACCUAUGGGAGCUAUCAUGCUGA